UCCAAAUCUUAAACGUUAUUAUUGGUCAAAUAACCGACAAAAUGCAUAUCCGGAAUGGUCCAACUCUACUCCACCAAAAUUGCAUUGCCUAACCGAACUGGCAAAAGGCUCCGUUCUAUUGUGGAACGCGCCAACCAACCAACCAACUCUUAUAGUGGUUCGGUAAAUAGGGUCGAAACAAAAAUUGUAUGGGCCUUAGUAUAUCGCUUUACUGGGCCUGAACUUUGGACCUCCAAGCAAUCACGUCAGCCCAAGACCAGUAAAUAAAAACAAACCACCACCUGAAAGUCUGAAACGGAAUUCAACUGAAGAGUGAAGAGCCCGCCGUCGCCGGCGAAUCAGUACGACCGUCCUCCCGCCGACGAAAAAUGGCAAUCAGAAUACAUCGCGCGCUCUCCUUCACUACCUUCCUCCUCCGCCGCCGCAACUUCACCGCAUCCGCAGUCGCCUCCGAGCUCCCCACGCUCGAACCCUCCGCCGACGCCGAACUGCUCUCCCAGAUGCUCCUCCACCACCACAACCCUUUCCACGCCAUGGAAUCCUGCCUCCAGCUGAGCGGAAUCUCGCUCACGCCUUCCCUCCUCCACCAGACCCUCCUCCGUCUCCGCCACAGCUCCAAGAUCGCCCUAUCCCUCUUCCACUACUCUCUCUCCCUCCCUUCUUCUCCGGCCACCUCCGCCGCUUACAACAUCAUGAUCGAUAUCCUCGCGAAGGUCCACCAAUUCGACGUUUGUUGGCAGCUAAUCAUCCAGAUGGGGCAAAAAACCGACGUGGGUUCCGAUUCCCAGCCCAAUUUCACCACUUUCUCCGUCCUCAUUCGGCGGCUGAUCGCUGCGGGAUUCACCCGCCAAGCGAUUCGUGCGUUCGAUGAUAUGCAAGGGUUCGUCGGGCCGGUGGAUUCGACUCAUUUCUGCUUCCUGCUCGACACUCUGUGCAAGUACGGGCAUGUGAAAGUGGCUGUCGAGGUUUUCAACAAGAGGAAAUUCAGCUUCGUUCCCAAUGUCAGGAUGUACACUGUUCUAAUCUGCGGAUGGUGCAAGCUGGGUAGACUGGAUAUGGCGGAGAGAUUUUUGAGAGAGAUGGAUGAGAAGGGAAUCGAGCCCAAUGUCGUUACUUACAACGUUUUGUUAGAUGGGAUCUGCAGGAGAGCUAGAUUGCAGCCGGAGCAUAAGUUUGAGAAGACGAUUGUUUUGGCGGAGCAGGUGUUCGACGAAAUGCGCCAGAGAGGGAUCGAACCAGAUGUGACCAGUUUCUCCAUCGUGCUCCACGUCUACAGCAGGGCGCAUAAACCCGAACUUACUCUGGACAAGCUAAAGUCAAUGAAGGAGAAAGGUAUUUCCCCAUCCCUGGCAACCUAUACUUCAGCAGUGAAGUGCCUCUGCUCGUCAGGGAGACUCGAUGACGCGGAGAAGCUGCUCGAUGAGAUGGUAGUCAGUGGGGUGAGUCCAUCCGCCUCAACGUACAAUUGCUUUCUUAAAGAGUACCGAGGGAGGAAGGAUGUCGAUGGUGCUCUGAAGCUAUACAGAAGGAUGAGGGAUGAUGAUCAGUGUGCACCAAGUUCACAAACCUACAACAUAUUGUUGGUGAUGUUCGUGAAGUUGAAUCGAAUGGAUGUUGUCAAUGAGAUAUGGGGUGAUCUGAAAGGGAGCUGCUUGGGGCCGGAUUUGGAUUCGUACACACUGUUAAUACACGAGCUGUGUGAGAAGGAGAAGUGGCGGGAAGCUUGUGGUUUCUUCGUGGAGAUGAUAGAGAAAGGGUUGCUUCCCCAGAAGGUUACAUUUGAAACGCUCUACAGAGGUUUGAUACAGUCUGACAUGUUGAGGACUUGGAGAAGGUUGAAGAAGAAGCUUGAUCAGGAGUCAAUAACAUUUGGUUCUGAGUUUCAGAAUUAUCACUUGAAGCCAUACAGGAGAUAGAAGAAUCGCCAUGAUAAAGUUGUGCCAAGGUU